UUUUAAAAAUAAAACUGACCUCUGGAAUUUUGUUUUCCCACUUUAUGAGAGAUAAAAGUUAGGUAGAGAGCUAAUAAUUGCCUUCUUGGGACAUUGUCCGCCCAAGUGGGCAUUGAUGUUCUCAAAUAUACAUUUUCAAGGGAGAACGCGGAGAAAAUAUGUUUGUAACAUUUAUUUCAUAGCUUUUAGAGUGUUGAAAUUUCGUUUCGAAAACUAAACUGAACGCAAAAUAUUUUUAUAUCUGUUUGGUGUUUUAUGGGUGAUAGAUGGGGAAAUUGCAGGAUCAUAGCAAUUCUCGUUGACAUUGACAUAAUACUGAUUAAUAAAACUGAGCAGGAGUGUUAGACAUAAUACAAAGGAAAAAACUGUAAUGCAUUCACUUGGAAAACAGGUUUUGUUUUCAUCUAGAAUCACGAUCUCCGUCAUUCACAUUUUAAUUAGCUUUAAUACUUACGAAGAGAAAGUUUGAAUCAGUUAGCAAAGUCACGAAGCUGGUUAAAACAUGAUAUGUAGACAGACCGGACCACAUUUCUGUGCGCGGUGAUAGUACACUUUAGAGAGAGCUCAAAGAAACUUUACAGCAAUGGGCCAAAUAUUUGUUCGAUCGUCAAAUGCAGGUACGGCUAGAUGUAAUUCCACAGCGUUAAGGGUUAUGACAGGCAAUAAAAUGCACUUAAAUACUUUUUGUUUGAUACAAGUUGCAAUGACACGCAAGAGGUUUAUUCCAGAUUACAAUGCACAGUUCGGCUAAAUUAUUGCUCCAUUCUGCGCUUGAGUUCAAAACAAAAUGCACAUUUAUUAGUCAAGGUACCUUGCAAUCAAACAUUGUGAGCAAGGAUCACCAGGAAAAGGUCAGAGAAAGAAAAACAGAAAUAAUAAGCCGAGACAAAAUGAUCAUUAAACUCCACAUUGACCUUGAGUCAGAGUAUGAUAACUACAGUACAAGUGUGUCAUUCUGUAAUGCAGCACUGUCCUUGACGUUUGCGCACAAAGUUUAAUUUACAAAGAGUCCACACUGCGUUUUAUUUACCAACUGUAGCUGUGUUACAGCAAUAAAAAGAUCAGCUAGCUUGAUCCAGGGUGUAGUUUGUGCACCUAAUGGAGUGCUGGGUUUCAUUUCUGGCAGGCAGACUUUAAAGUAUUUGCUCAGUGCCUGCCACGCUAUCAUUCUCAGCUUUUGGAACAGAGAGGAACUUAAACUUACAAGUAAGGACAAAAAUUUAACAAGGGGAUUGUAUUUGCAAGUGUUUGGAGUGAACCCAAUCAUUCAGUGUAGUUAUAAGAUGGAUUCGACUUCUCUGCGGUACAAAUUGACGCUGGAGACAUUUAAUGAUAAAGCAGGAUUAAUAGAAGAUGAAGUGCGGCCUACCGAAAUGGUGCCAGUAUUUUGCACAAACUUUGGAACUUCUGCUUUUUCCUCAUCCCUUUUGAAAACGAGCUCAAGUGGAAGGCACCAAGAUUUGUGUUCCGAAGAUAUUUCGACUUGCGGAUCGCAUGGAAGCGCAAAUCAAGAGAUUGUCGCUAUGUCACUUGGGGCAGUGCAAAUCCCUGCAAACCAACUUCAAAAUGAUAGUCAUACGUCUCCGUUUAUUAGCUAUCGGCACAACCUCUGCACCAGAGGUGAAUACCCCACAAACCCCUCACUUUAUCAACAUUGGCCACUAGAAUAUCCCCGGGCUGCACCUGUUUCGACCCAGGCAAAUCCCGACAAUCAGGACAUGCCUACCUGUAACUAUUCUCAGAACGCUAGAGCACCGUUUGAAGGAGGAACACUCAACAAUGCAAUGCCGGGUGUUCCAAGGGCUUUAGCAUUGGGACUAACAACGCGCUGGUUAACAUCGCAGGAUCCUGCCCAUAGACAAAGAAAGAAACGGAUCCCCUACAGCAAACAGCAAAUCGCUGAACUGGAAAUGGCUUUUGAAAAUAAUCGAUUCCUCACCCCUGAAGUCCGAUUAAACAUUUCGUUUAGGUUAGGUUUAACAGAAAGGCAGGUGAAGAUAUGGUUCCAAAAUCAGCGACAGAAAGAAAAAAAACUUCUUCGCGUGCAGCAAUUGGUAAAGCCAAGUUGUCCUGGACUGUGAAAUACAACAGCUUUCCUCAUGUGCACAAUUGCUUUUUAAGAGUCACAAAACGUGUAUACUGAUAUACAAUGGCAAAGUCGCCUCUGCUUAAACAUAAAUCCACACGGGAUUAUUGGACCUUUUAGCUUUUAAUUUGUUUUGAAGUUGAAAUAGUUCAUAAAUCUUUAUCUCGCGUUACGGUGAGCUUCAGUUUGUUGUGCUAAACACUUAAAACGAUGUUGAAUCCAUUAAUGGUGGUGAAUACGAAAUAUUGAUACCAAACGAAAUGUUUUGCUUGAUUUUCCAAAACGCUAAAUACUCGUUUACCAUUCAUUACAUAUAUGAGUAAAUAUAAUUGGACACAAAUUAGUUUAAAGUUUAGUUGUAAUGUUUAAAGAACAAUAACAUUAUUUUAGGUUGCAAAAUAAACUGUUUCAUGAAUAGUACACAAAGCUUUUCGUAUUUGAAAUGGUUUGGAACACAUAAUUGUUCAAAGUAAGGGCGUGCUAUAUUUGAAUAAAUUUCUCAGAUGUAUGAAAUCGUUACUUGCACAACAUUGAAUUCAAAUUUGUAUUCACAAUAGUUUGUUACCUUUCUUCAAAACAAAUCCUUAUUAAUUCGCAGGUUUUAGUCAAACAGUAGCUGGAAAAUGAUAAAUUUUGUUUAUUUAAGACAGUGUUGUGCUGAUUGAAAGUUUCGAAGCUGUAACACUCAUAAUAACAUCUACGUCUGUAUAUAGAUUAUGCCGUUUCCUCAACACUUCAUUGUGUACCUGCUCUGCUCCUCUUGUGGGCAGUUUUAAACAUUAUACAGUUCAAACCUUCCCUGUUGAUUUGUCGAUCAACGCACGUGCACUUUCUAAAA